UCUCUCAUAGAUGAUGGCAAUAAGAGCAAUAUGGUCCACAUUCUGGCCUGCAGCAACGAUGAUACCCCAGGCUGGAAUGUGGAACCCUAGUCUUGCACCAUUGUUGCAAAUAACAGGACGUAGUGAUGAAAUGAAAUAUGAGACUGAGACGAAAAUCCCAGAGAAUUUGGGUUCAACAACUUAUUACUCAUUUUUGCCACCACGACCAGCUCUUUCUUAUCAACAGCAAUUUGUUCCCAUGAAAGCAGGAGGAUCAGAGGCCACAAUGCUGCCAACUCAGAUCAUUCUACCUUCGUAUGAUCAUAAUCAGGAUCAGGAUGAUCAUGAUCCCUCUCAAUCUAGUGAUGAAUGGUAUAGCAGUUCAGAGAUAGAAUGAAAGGCCGUUUUCUUGCAUUACUUAUUAGGGGAGGAAGGAGUUAUCAAUAAUCAUAGUUGUCGUUGUCGUCGUUCUUGCAUUACUUAUUAGGGGAGGAAGGAGUUACC